ACCCAACACAUUCUGUCCGACGGUGAACGACAAGCAAACAUUACGUGCACAAAUUGUCCGUCGUACAACAUACAGUGAGCAUAACACUUGUUGACUCAGCACUUUUCAGUGACCAGCAUUGUGUAGUGAGUGACUUCCCGUCUGUGACCAUUCAUGUUUUACACCUGGAUUUAAGUUCUCUCGUACUUCAGUUCUUACUUCUCUCAGGUGGAGUUUAACACGGAAUAUUUUUUCUCUUUACACAAAUAGACGUGUUUCUCUUCAAAAUAUCCCAGCUACAAAAACGGAAGGUUGGUUCACCUCUGACCCCUGCAAGACGCCGAUGAACUGAUAGUGACCUCAGGUGUUUCAAAGGCUUGUGACGGCUGAGUGCAUUAGCCUUGAGGUCUUGAUUGGGCGUCUGCUGGAACCGAUCAUUCUGAAGCGCGUGAGUUUGUUCUGCAAGCCCCGCCCACCUAAUGAGAUUCAAAUUUUACCGAUCGUCGCUAGCUUUGUAUGGACCUUAAUUGAGGACCUUACUGAAGACCUAACCAAGGACCUUACUGAAGACCUUACCCAGGACCUUACUGAAGACCUAACCAAGGACCUUCCUGAGAACCUUUCUUGCUGUGACGCGGUGUGACCAGUGUGACGUCAUGGUCGUCACAGAUUGCAUGUUGUUCCCGGAUGUCCGGGUUAAAGAGGAACUUCCAGAGAGCGACACAGACACGCAGACUGACCACAGCUCAUGUCCCUCUUCGCCCACCCCGCCCCCGCGCCAUACCGUCCUACCCAUGGACACGGUCAUCCUAGUGGCAAAGUCCAAAGAUGGCAGUAAAAACUCUUUGGUCUUCAGAAGUCUCUUGAGGCAUCGCCGUACCCCCGGGCGUGUUGAGAAGAUCAGGAUCAUCAAAGCUCCUCCUAUGACCGAUUUCAAGAACUCCAAUAUGCCCAUGAGAGCAAACCUUAAACAGCAAUUACAAAGGCAGCAGCUUUUAGAACAAGAAAAAAGAGAGCAACAGUCAGCUCUGAAAAACAUCCAUCACACUGGCUCAACAGGCAUAUCAGUGCCUCGUGUGGUGGAGGCUACAGAAGUACCAGCCACAGUCCUACAGGUGAAGACAGCCCUUCAGCAUCCAACCAAGUACCAUGUGAGACAAAGCCAGAAGAGACAAGUCCAAGUUUUUCUCAAUGAACACCAAGGUGGUCACCACCCCAUCCAGUCCCUCCCUGCCAAUGUCUUGUCCAUCUCAGCACCAGAACAGCAGCAGUACCAUGUCCAGGCCUCAAGCAGCGCCCCUGAGCCAGACCUUGCCAGUCCUUUGUUGACAGGCUCUGUUGGAGCUGAGUUCAUGCCCAACACAUUUGACCUGCUGGACGACCUGCAGUCAGACAACCUCCUGGAGCUUGGCUCAUUCCUUGGGGACAGUGACCUCAUCGCCAUAGAGCCCACACUUGGUGGGGGGUCGCUCCCACAAAAUGGCUUGCUGCAGGGUUUUGAAUCUGUGGAUACAGACAGCAGCAUCCCAUCCCCCUCAUCUUGCCCCACACCAGCCUACAGGCACAGUGAACUCAGUCACAACGGCAUCAUGUCCGUCCAGGAUGAGCUGUGGAGGAAAGAAAGGAUCAAGAAAGACAACCACAACAUGAUUGAAAGGCGGCGAAGAUUUAAUAUAAAUGACAGAAUCAAAGAGCUGGGCGGCCUUUUACCCAAGACAGUAGACCCUGACCUCAGACAAAAUAAGGGCUCUAUUCUCAAGGCCAGUGUUGAUUACAUCAAGUGCCUGCAGGAUGAUCAGAGGAAGUUCAAGGUCAUGUUGGAGGAGAAAAGAAAGUCUGAUCUUCAAUAUAAAAAACUUUUAAUUAAGCUACAGCAAAUGCAGACCUUUAUGAAAGAUAAAGGCAUUGAGAACCCUCUAGUGAAUGACGCAGACAUCAGUUCGAGUAUGAAGAACUUCCUGACACCCGACCACCAGACCAGCCUCCUGCCUAGUCAGACCACCCAUGCCAUGCCAGCUAAUUUUUUUCAUUCUUACAAUCCUGUAAGUCUGUACACAUCCUAUGUAGAGGACAUGAUGGAUGAAUCAUCUCCUGUAAGUGGUGACCCCAUGCUCUUGUCAGCACCAGGCAGUCCGGAGCCAGAUGACCAACUUGGAUUUGGUCAUUUUUAAACAUGGACCAAUGACCAACUUAAACUGGAUCAUUUUAAAAUUUGAACCCCCUACGGCCAACCUACUGCGGUGGGAAACAAAGAAAUGGGUGAAAGAAGUUGUUUACUUCACACAACUAGAUGAAAGAAGUUGUUUACUUCACACAACUAGAUGAAAGAAGUUGUUUACUUCACACAACUAGAUGAAAGAAGUUGUUUACUUCACACAACUAGAAGACAGAAGUUAGCUUCACACAACUAGAAGACAGAAAGUUUCCUAAAUCUGGUGGUCACAUGUGGGUCUUUAGAAAUCAAAUUUUUCAUCUCAUCCUGUCAUUUCACAUUUUGUGCUAUCCUGAUGUGUAAAUUUUCUUUACCAAUAAGUUUGAUAUAUUCCUCCCUCAGUACAAACCCACAUCUCAUGAUGUUUUAUAAUAGCCAGAGGCCAUGCUGGUCACUUAGGGGCCAUGCUGGUCACUCAGGGGCCAUGCUGGUCACUCAGGGGCCAUGCUGGUCAACCAGAGGCCAUGCUGGUCACUCAGGGGCCAUGCUGGUCACUCAGGGGCCAUGCUGGUCACUCAGGGGCCAUGCUGGUCACUUAGGGGCCAUGCUGGUCAAUUAGGGGCCAUGCUGGUCACUCAGGGGCCAUGCUUGUCAAUUAGGGGCCAUGCUGGUCAAUUAAGGGCAUAACAAACUGAAUGCUACGGCAAUGUGUAAAUAAUGAAUGGAAAAUGAUUAGCCUUAACCAUUUAACAAUGCCUUUCUCUUGUGUUACUCUAAAGAGUAAUAGAACAAUUUCAAACUGGAUUUAUGCAAUUGUACAUAUGCUGACGGCCUACUUCUAAGUAGGCUAUCUGUCUGUGUUAAUUAAUGAGUUAACUGUGGAAUUGAGGUGUUCAUUUUCCACAGUUAAACUUGGUCAAAGGUGAUGUGUGCUUGUCUGUGUGUUGGUGUGCUUGUGUAUCUGUGUGCUUGUCUGUGUGUUAGGUGGAUAUCUGAUGUAGGAUGCAAUUAAACGAUUGUGUACCCGGGUGUGUGUGAGAGAAAAAUGCUGUCAAUAAAUGUGGAAUAUGAGAAUUAACUGGUGAUCAAUUUGUUGUUUGUUUUGUUGUACAUAUGUACAUAAUUUUUUCCUACAAAGAAAUAGCUCUAACCUGUGUACAAGGUGAAGACUAAACCUAUCCAGUAUUUGACUUCUUUUGGUGAAGCCACUUUUCUAAAUGUGUAAAUUGUAAUUUGUGAUGGCCACUUUUCUAAAUGUGUAAAUUGUCAUUUGUGAUGGCCACUUUUCUAAAUGUGUAAAUUGUCAUUUGUGAUGGCCACUUUUCUAAAUGUGUAAAUUGUCAUUUGUGAUGGCCACUUUUCUAAAUGUGUAAUAUUUCUAAGUGACUUGAUAAAAUGGUUGUUCAAAAGUUAUUUGAAAGUGAAUGCUGACUUGUAUGUAUUAUACUUGAUUCAAAUCCUGUAUCAGAUUUUUCAAAAUAUGUGCUCUAUUAUAUUAUAAAAGAAACAGAAAUGAUAAAAAUAUAUUUAUUUCUACUUUUUUUUUUUUACAAUAAAACGUAUCUAUGCUGCA